AGCUGCGUUCAACUCACGUAUCAUGGUCAAAUCCAACCCCAGCUGCUACUCACAAUGAAGCAAUCUAUUCUGGCAAUUCUUGCGAUCGCCUUCGCCGUUCCAGCGUUCGCCCAGAUUAGACCCCCAGUCCCUGGAACUGGAACCUGUCCCGACUCUUGCAUUUCAAUCAGAACCCCUACGGGCGCGCUCCUUGUCUGUUGCGGCGAGGAAGAAGGCUGUGUGAACUGCGCCCCUGAAUGCGUUGCAUCCUGCCCAGACGGCAAAUAUGGGGGCUGCACAGACCUCGGAGGAUCAGUUGAGGAAACUUGUAGCAAGGGCUGCUCCACUUUCUGUGGCAGUGACGACUACACAAUCUGUUCCAUUGGAGGGCAGAGCAUAGAGCCUGCACCUGCCGGAUGUCCUUGAUACUAGCUGGCGCUUACCUCCGCUAAAAGCCUGAUCGAUUUGGGGCAUAACUAAGCAAACAUUGGGGCAUUGCAGGAUGAGAAGUGUGAGUCGGACUAUUUUCUGCGAAGAGGGACUUUACGAUCAUUAGGUAUUCUUACAUUUGUCUGCCAUGCGAAACCACACUCGCUAUCUACACGGGAUAUACGUAGCCAAUUCACUCCAUCUUUCCCC